AUGGCUGCCUAUCAUCUGGUCCAACAUCACCACCAGAUGCAUCCCGCCGGUCUACAUCGUGCGUUGGCCUUCAACAGCAACAACACCCUCGCCCUGAAGAGAACUGUGUUGCGGCCAGCAGGGAGUGGGAGCAGGAACAGCCAUCCCAGAGCUCUACGAUGGCAGCAUCAAUGUCAACGCCGCCAGUAUUCCCGGUCCACCUCGUUCAGCGGCGGGCGAGAUGUGCGGAUCCUCGAAGUCGGCCCCCGUGAUGGGCUGCAAAACAUCAAGACGCUGGUGCCGACGCCGACCAAAGUUGAACUCAUCGAGAGGCUGGCCGCCGCGGGCCUGCGUGACAUCGAGGCCACCUCCUUCGUCUCGCCCAAGUGGGUGCCGCAGCUGGCCGACGGGGCGGAGGUGAUGCGGCAGAUCCGGCCACUCACCCACGCCCAGCCAGGCGACGGCGACCGACGAUUCCCCGUGCUGGCGCCCAACCCCAAAGGGCUGGAGAACGCGAUGAAAAGCGACGCAAAGGAAGUGGUCAUCUUCGCCUCAGCGUCGCAAGCAUUCAGCAAGGCAAACCAAAACUGCACGGUGGACGAGGCACUGGCGCAGGCCGAGAGUGUGGCGCGCAAAGCCCUUCCCCAGGGGAUUGCAGUUCGAGGGGUGGUCUCGUGUAUCUUCGCCGACCCGUACUCCGGGCCGACCAAGCCGCAAGAGGUCGAGUACGUGGUCAAGCGGCUGCUCGACAUGGGCUGCUACGAGGUGUCGCUGGGCGACACGCUGGGGGUGGGCACGCCGUACGACACGCAGCUGCUGCUGGAGUAUCUCCUGCGCGACACGCCGGCGCGGCUGCUCGCCGGGCAUUUCCACGACACGUACGGCCAGGCGGUGGCCAACGUGGCACGCGCCUACGACCUGGGCCUACGGACGUUCGACAGCAGCGUGGCCGGGCUCGGCGGCUGUCCGUACGCGGUGGGCGCCAAGGGCAACCUGGCCACCGAGGACAUUGUGUACAUGUUCGACCGGAUGGGCGUCAACACGGGCGUCGACCUGGACAAGCUCGUCGAGACGGGCGACUGGAUCUCGCAGCAGCUGGGACGACCGAACGGCAGCAGGGCGGGAUCGGCGUUGGUGGCUAAAGCAAAGGCAGGGACGAAGGCGCCACCGACGCCAGCAUCAACCAAGCGGACCUGGACUCUCGUACAAGAUUACGGCGACUACAAAGUCGAGCGAGCCGGGCCGGUGGUCCAAGUGACGCUGACGCGGCCGGCGAACGGCAACGCGCUGACGGGGCCGAUGGUCGACGGCCUGACGGCACUGUACCGGUCGCUGGCGCAGGACCGCACGGUCUUCCACAUUGUGCUGGCCGCGGAGGGCCGGUUCUUCUGCACGGGGAUGGACCUCAGCGGCGGCACCGAGACCAGCGACACAUCGGCGGCGGACGGCUACUUUGCGCGGGUGUCGGAGCUGUUCCGCGCCAUCGACGAGAGCCCGCAGACGACGAUUGCCGUGGUCGACGGGCCGUGCUACGCGGGCGGCGUGGGCCUCAGCACCGUGUGCGACGUGCGGCUGGCGUCGUCGCGGGCGCGCUGGACGCUGUCCGAAGUCAAGCUGGGCCUGGCGCCCGCCAUCAUCUCCAAGUUCAUGGUGCGCGAAUGGGGCGUCUCGUUCGCCCGCGAGGCCAUCCUCAGCGGCCGCGAGGUCCACGUCGCCGAACUGCACCGUCUGGGCGCCGUGCAUGGGUUGGCCGACGGGUCUGACGACCUGCAGCGCCUGCUGCACGGCUAUCUGGACCAGCUGCGCAAGGCUGCCCCCGUCGCCGCCUCCUGGUGUAAGGACCUGGUCAAGGUCGCCUGGGCCCUGCCGACCUCGGCCAAGCAGGAGCAGUUGAUCAGCGACAAGUUCGCCGACAUGAUGCUGCCGGGCUCCGAGGGCAGGCAUGGCAUUGCCCAGUUUCAGAAGAAGGUCAAGGUCGUCGAUUGGGUCAGCUUCUGGAACGAGAAUAAGAAAUGA